CACAAAAUAAGGAAUUUAUCGACCUUUUGUCGUUUAAGCCUUAAAAGCGGCACUGAUUGAAAGUGAAACAAAAUUAUCACAUUUUUUUCGAAAAUUACUGGAUAAGGAAUCAUAAUACCAUUCGUAAUAUAACAUUAUGAUAGAUGGAAAUCAUUACGAUGGUGGAUACAUGGAGCCAGAAGAAGAGUGGGAGAGAGAAGGUUUAUUAGAUCCUGCUUGGGAAAAACAACAAAGAAAGACAUUCACUGCUUGGUGUAAUUCCCACCUGCGAAAAGCGGGAACGCAGAUAGAGAGCAUAGAAGAAGACUUCAGGAACGGUCUCAGGCUAAUGCUAUUGCUGGAAGUGAUAUCGGGUGAACAGCUACCCAAACCUGACCGGGGCAAGAUGAGGUUCCACAAAAUCGCCAACGUUAACAAGGCCCUCAAAUUUAUCGAGCUUAAAGGUGUCAAAUUGGUCUCCAUCGGGGCCGAAGAAAUCGUUGACGGCAACCUCAAAAUGACUCUAGGAAUGAUUUGGACUAUCAUCUUGCGUUUCGCUAUUCAAGAUAUCACUAUAGAAGAAAUGACUGCCAAAGACGGUCUAUUGCUAUGGUGUCAGCGUAAAACUGCCCCCUACAAAAACGUCAACGUUCAAAAUUUCCAUAUGAGUUUCAAAGACGGUUUAGCUUUUUGUGCCUUAAUUCAUAGGCACAGACCCGAACUCAUCGAUUACGGAAAAUUGUCCAAAGAAGAUCCUUGGACCAAUUUAAAUACCGCUUUCGAUGUGGCGGAAAAGCAUCUGGAUAUCCCUAAAAUGCUUGACCCCGAAGAUAUUAUAAACGCUCCCCGACUCGACGAGAAAGCGGUCAUGACUUACAUAUCAUCUUAUUACCACGCUUUUUCGGGCGCGCAAAAAGCUGAAACCGCCGCUAAUAGGAUAUGCAAGGUUCUGAAAGUUAACAAGGACAACGAACAAUAUAUGAACGAAUACGAAGGUCUCUCUAGCGACCUACUAGAAUGGAUAAAACAUAUUAUACCAUGGCUGGAGGAUAAGAAUUUGUAUGGGAAGGAUGGACUCACCUUUCCUGGUGACGACCACUUAAACUCCAAAGCUUUAGAUCGGGUGCGAGAUAAACUCGAGGAGUUUAGGGAUUACCGGAGACACAAAAAACCACCCAGGAUUGAGCAGAAGGCUACUCUAGAAACGUUAUUUAACACUCUCCAGACCAAGCUAAGGCUCAAUAACAGGCCCGCUUAUAUACCCAGUGCUGGAAAAACAGUCGUAGAAAUAUCGAAAGCCUGGAACAUACUGGAAACGGCCGAAAAGGGCUUCGAGGAAUGGCUGCUGAGCGAACUCAUGAGACUGGAAAGAUUGAGUCACCUAGUCAAGAAAUUCAACCACAAAAGUGCCAUCCACGAGGAAUGGUGGAAGACAAAUCAGCACAGAAGCGGACCCGACUCCAUUCCCCUCAAGACACUCAAACUAUACGAAAUCAAAGCAUUAAAAAAGAAACACGAAGCAUUCGAAAACGAUUUAGCCGUCCACCAGGAAAGGAUUGAACAGAUCAUAUCCAUAGCUCAAGAAUUGAACUCGUUAAACUAUUUCGACACCCCGUCUAUCAACUCCAGGUGUCAAGUAAUUUGCGAUAAAUGGGACAGUCUCGGUACAAUCACUCAGGAUAGGAGGAAAACACUCAAUAAGAUCGAAGAAUUCCUCGAAAAUGUGGACCAACUCUAUCUCGAGCUGGCCAAAAAAAUGGCCCCGUUCAAUAAUUGGCUCGACGGUGCUUGCGAAGAUUUAGUUGAUAUGCUAUUCGUACAUACCGUGGAAGAAUUGCAAAGCUUGAUUGAUGCCCACGAGCAUUUCAAGAACAACCUAUCAGACGCUGGAAAAGAGUGUGCUUCUAUAAUGCAAAUGUGGGAGAAUAUUUGUCAGUUAACGGGUUCCGAUCAAUUCAUCUCCACCCAAAAUCCGUAUUCUACCGUUAACCCAAAUUCUAUAAAGGAAAAAUGGGAGGAAGUCAAAAGAUUGGUGCCUGGUCGAGAUAACGUUCUUCAACAAGAACUUCUCAAGCAACAGAUGCACCAAAAGCUUAGGAUCCAAUUCGCCGAGAAGGCCAACAGUGUGGGGCCUUGGUUAGAGCAUCAACUCGAUUCCGUGACCAAUUUAGCGUUGCAAACUCACGUUUCGUUGGAAGAGCAAUUGACCAAGUUGCACAGUGUUCAACAAGCCUUGCAGCUCUACAAGCCAAACAUAGAAGAAUUGGAAAAAUAUAAUCAGGAAGUCCAAGAAGCCAUGAUAUUCGAAAAUCGUUAUACCAGGUACACCAUGGAAACUAUAAGAGUUGGGUGGGAACAGCUUUUAACGUCCUUGUCUAGGCAUAUCAACGAAGUCGAAAAUCAGAUUUUAACCAGGGAUUCUAAAGGAAUAAGCCAAGAACAGCUCAACGAAUUCAGAAUGUCUUUUGUUCACUUCGAUAAAAACAAAAACGGCAUGUUGGAUCCAAAAGAUUUUAAAUCUUGCCUCAUCUCCCUAGGCUACAAUAUCCGGGAGGAUAAACAAGGUGAUCUGGAGUUUAAACGUAUAAUGGGUGUGGUUGACCCGAAUGGAACAGGUCACGUAAGUUUCGAGUCAUUUCUAGACUUUAUGACGAGGGAAAAUACUGAUACAGAUACAUCGGAUCAAAUAAUAGCCUCGUUUAAAACGCUUGCCGGGGAUAAACCUUAUAUAACUUCCGACGAUUUAAAACGUGAACUACCACCCGAUUACGCCGAAUACUGUCUUAAGCGAAUGAGCACCUACAAAGGCCCCAUGCCCAAUCUAUCUUCGGCUAACACUGCCAAUCACAACAAAGGAACUCUUUUGUAUGAUUAUCAUUCCUUUUCAGCGUCCCUGUAUGGAGAGACCGAUUUAUAAAUUUGAAUCUCGAAAAACGAAAAUAACGGUAUCCUUUGAACCUGAAAGGCAGGCAAUGCACUCUGUCGAUAUUCAACACUCACUUUAUCACGGCUGAAUUAUAGAAUAAUUCAUACUUACACAUAUAUACUUAUAAUAUAAUACUUAAUGUUAGGUAUCUAAACAAAAAUCUUUUUUUUAUUUUGUAAAAUAAAUUAAUUUUACAAAUAUUUGAUUAUUUGUCCCUUGGAAAUUCCUAUUUGAAGCUAGCUUUGUUUGGGGUUUUUUUUUAUUUUAAAUUUUCGUUCAUCCUUCAGCAAAAAAAAAAUCAAAUCAAAUUUUUCUUUUAUAAAAAUUAUUUUUUAUCCAGAUGAGAAUCGAAUCUUUACUAAGUUUAGGAUUCAUUUAAAUCUACAAGAAAUUUUUUUUAAAUUAUAUUACGAUGACAGUAUUGAUAAACUAUUUUUGCCAAUCCCAAAGCGUUUUCCCAGAUCCAUAAUAUCUGAAAAAAAAAAUAUAUAUUAUAUAACUUUGACCGAAUUUAGAGGGAAAAAAAAUUCAUUUGAUUUGAAUUCAAUCUUUUUUGACAAAUAUUUAUUAUAAAAU